AUGCCCAGCCAUGGCAGAUUGAGCGCAAGAGGCAAAGCAGCAGGAGCUGAUGGAUUCAGCGCACCGCCCGCUCUCCUAUCCGCAAAGCAGGUGGCUGCCAGGGCUCAAAAAGUAUGUGCCGCGGUCUCGACAUCGUGCUGAUCGACUAGCCAAUGCUGAUCGUGUGAUGACGAACAUCAGAUCGCUGCUGCACAGCUGCUCGAGCUGCUAGACCACGAGCGUCUUAGAAACGACGCUCAAAAUGGAGCGCUAUCAGACGAGUCUACUGUCAGCAGGGAGAACCGGAGUGAUAGAAUGUCUCGGACUUUGAAGAUAGCGAAUGCCGAGUGAGUUCGCCGUGUUCCCCAAGACGCCAAGGGAGCCGAUCGAGCCCUUCAUAUGCCUGAUACAUGCCCCACCGCAAGAUACACCCUCUUAGUGGCCACUACUGCGGGGCUUUCUAAUGCAGAGAAGGAGGAAGUAUUCGCUCUUUUCCAAGCAAACAUGCAGUCGCAGUACGUAAGGGAUGCAUGCUCUGCGCGAGUGAGAGCAGAUCCUGAUACGACUGCACCUUUUACAGCUACGAAAGAUCAACUCAAGGUUGGGCACCAGCUGAGAAAAGGACGGAAAUAUUCCACCAUCAGUCUCGCUUCUUGAUUCUCGUCGAGGGCGCCCAAUCGUCUGUCACUCGACCAGCGGCGUUCGCGGUAUGGCGUUUUGACACAGAAGAGUGUGAUCCAUCUGAUCCGGCACAGCGUCAUAGACCUGGUCGCAGGAGAGAAGAGGAGAUCGAAGUGGCUUAUUGGUUCGUAGGAUGCCGGCUUCAAUCACCAAGAGUCCCAUCAUGUGAUGCUCAAAGCAUUCCCUUUCGACUACAGCUACGAGGUGCAGGUAUCCUUACCGCACCGAAAGCACGGCUUGGGCAGGUUUCUGAUGCAACAGCUCGAGCAUAUCGCUUGCAAGACACGCAUGCGCAAAGUCAUGCUAACAGUCUUUAGCAACAACCUCGAAGCCAAAGCUUUUUACAAAAAGAUCGGGUGAGUGCUUGCUUCGCAUCCCUGUUCCUCCAUCCGACCGUGCGCAAAGCUGACGCAUGACGAGCAGAUACUGGACCGACUCGAUCAGCCCUAGUCAAUGGUCUACAGAAAGCGCGACACCUUUAGACCAAAAGGGUGAUAACGAGACAGAGUACGAUUACGACAUCCUCAGCAAAUCUGUGGUGCCGAGUACGCAGUAA